CUGCACGUGGCCGACAACAGCGGCGCGCGACGCAUCCGGCUCAUCAAUAUUCCCGGCUCCAGCCGGCGCAAGUACGCUUCGGUGGGCGACAUAAUCGUUUGCACGGUGCGCGAGGCCAUCCCCAAUUCCCCGGUACGGAAGGGAUCGGUGGUGAAAGCGGUGAUCGUGCGACAGGCUGCUCCCCUGUUGCGUCCCGAUGGGACUUACAUCAAGUUCGACGAUAAUGCGGCGGUGCUGAUCAACGACAACCAGUUGCCCCGUGGCACCCGCAUCUUCGGCCCGGUCGCUCGCGAACUGCGGGACAAGGGUUUCAUGCGGAUUGUGUCCCUCGCACCGGAGGUGGUGUGA